AGUUCUAAUCGUUACAAUCUUCGACAACUACGAUUAUAUCUGUCAGACUCCGAUCUACAAAAUCGCAAGUGAAAUUCCCGCCUACUAUUUUCAGUUCCCCGCCGAAAGAAUUCGUCCCUGUUGUUGUUCUGUCUGAGGCUCGUAUCAUCCUCACAGAUGGACACAGGAGAAACUAGCUCGGGUUCUCCCAAUGUUUCUGCCUCUCUAUCAUUACCAAGUAAUGCACCUGUUGAGAGAACGGCAAAACUUCUGGUCACAAUCGAUGAAGCUGGUAGACCCUAUGGACCAAAUUCAGAUAGACUUGCUUCUCGCACAGGGGAUUUUGUACGACUUCAUUGCCCAAUAAAAUACACAGAUUGGAGGAUUGUUCCUCAGAAUUGCAAGGAUGAUGUCUGGAAUUCAAUAAUGUCGGAAUUUGAGUUCAAUGUUCCAUCACAUUUAGUCCGCCCAUGCCUGGAAGCAAACUUCCCACAAAAGUUGAGAACAUUUAAAUACAAAUUAAGAAGUGAGAUUCUUAAAAACAAAGCUACCAAAGAAGCUGCAUUAGAGGCACGCCCAGCUGAUUGUAGUCCUGAUAAUUGGAAAGGUUUUGUUGAGAACGAAUUCAAAGAAGGGGUUAAGGAGAAAAAUGCUAAGUAUGCGGAAGUUGCUAAAAGAAACCCAAUUCCACAUACUCUUGGGCGGUGUUCGUACGCGAACAAAUGUUACAAUCUUGAAAAAGAACAGGGGAUAGUUCUUGAUGGGCGUCCUGAACUAUGGAUGAAGGGACAUGAAAGAAAAGAUGGGGUUGUACAUCCUUCGGCAAUCAAAAAAUAUGAAGAAGUGAAGGCUGCUCACGAGAAAAGAAAAAGGAUGGGGGAAGACGGCCCCAGCUCGCAACUUGACUUUGAUAAUGAUGCACUUACUGAUGUCUUUGGGAAAGACAAAGGUAAAGGUGGUGUUCUUGGCUUUUCCUCCCAUAUCUCAAGAAAGCGUGUCAUGCAAGCAAAUCUAGCGUCCUGCGUCAGUGCUGCAAAAGUAGACGGAAGUUGCGACAGUAAUGACCCAAUUCUAGCCACUGUCUACGAUCUAACAACUCGAGUAGAAAAUCUUGCGGAGAUUAUGUUGAAAAACAUGGGUAGUCAUCAAUCAACCCAAGCUCCAAUCUCAUCAAGUGCUCAUAUCCCAAUUAAUCAUCCAAGCUCCAAUUUUGGGUUAACUUCAAGUACUUCUGGUGAUGAAAACAUGGACUCUUCAAAAGAAAGUGUAAAUUUACUAGACAGAGAAAGAAACAUAGUCGCUACAGGGUAUAUAGUGAAUGGCAAGGAAGGCGAAGUGUGUCAUGGUAGAAAAGUCUACCCAGGCGAGAAGAAAGUACGUAUUGAAGUUGUCAAAAAUCCUACAGCUGCUGUACCAGACCCUCCUCAAGGCGAGGGUCACUAUACUUUGGCAGGUUAUGUUGAAGGUGGAUGGGUAGUAUGGGCGGAGUCGCGGUUGUCACAAAGAAAAGUGAAUCUAUUAGACAGAGAAAGAAACAUAGUCGCUACAGGGUAUAUAGUGAAUGGCAAGGAAGGUGAAGUGUGUCAUGGUAGAAAAGUCUAUCCAGGUGAGAGAAAAGUAUGCAUUGAAGUUGUCAAAGAUCCUACAGCCUCUGUACCAGACCCUCCCCAAGGCGAUGGUCACUAUACUUUGGAAGGUUAUGUAGAAGGUGGAUCGAUAAUAUGGUCGGAGUCACGGUUGUCAUAUGAAGGUUGAUCAUCGUAAUUAGUUCAGUAACUGCUUUUACGAGGCUUUAAACCCUUGCUUUAUCUGACUUUUUAGCGUUCUAAUUAGGAAAUAAGUUGCAGUGGGUACAGAAUUAGGUACACACCAUGUAUUUUGUUUACUCAUGGUGUUUGUUUUAUUGGGAUAUAUACUCUGGUAACGGCAGAGACACAGCACUUUCUAAAAAUUGAACUUCUGUUACUUUCGGUUGCUAUUUUGAGGAACUCCUAAAACUUGCCCCUAA